AUGAAUCCAAAUUUAUUAGGACCAACAAACAAUUCCGGUCAAGUAUUUCAUUAUGAAAACAAUAUUACUAAAUGCCAAUGGGAAAGCUGGGAGGAAAGGAGUGAAGAAGAUCGUCUUCUCAUUGAGCGUAUUUUGAUUUUAAUGCGUAAUGUACUUCAUAUUGCUCCUGAUAUUGUUGGCGAGCAGCGUACGGAUGAGGAUGUUUCUGUACAUGACCAGAUUUUAUGGGCAAUGCAUUUAUCUGGGUGGGAUGAACUACUUUUGUUUCUUGUAAAUCCAGAUGAUGAACAAAUGUUCGCUUUUCAUACUCUUGAAAUCAUAUCACUGAUGUUAAGGGAACAGACACCUGAGCUACUUGCCUGUGUUGGAAAUAGAGCAGAAACUAAAUCUGAGUUAAACACUCGGAGAAAACUUAUUGAAGGAUUGAAAAUUCGAGAUGAUAUGAAACGAAAGAAUUUUCUUUACGCCUGUAACCUAAGUCAAGCACGAUUUGGUGGUGCUUUUGAAUUGGUAAAUACACCAUCUUUGAGCGAACGUCCACUGAUUUGCCAACAUGAUAUUACCCAUAAAGCUCAAAUAGCAACUGUAAUUUCGAAACAGUUGGACAGUUCUGUAGAUGUGGUGGAUAAUGUCGGCAUCGUUGAAUUAGAUGUAGGAAAGCGAAAGUUCCGUAAGCAUAAACAUCGUAAACCUAAAGUUGACCGACCAAUACACCGGCGUUCAAUUUUGUCUGUCCAGUUAUAUCUGCAGGGUUUCUGUUGGCAAUUUUUAAAGUUCUGCUAUAAUCCAAUCAUGCGUGUUGUACAGUCACGUUUAACUCGUCAAGCUACCCAGGAGAAUGAUGAAACUUAUUUCCUUUGGACAAUGCGAUUCUGUAUGGCAUUUUGUCGAGUUUAUCGAUUUCGCUCAGACUAUAUAAGUGAAACUCUCAGUGUGCCAAUUUUUCAUUGGAUAUAUGAUCAAGUAAUAAAUUAUAAAGAACAUUUAGUAACCGAUAAACGUGGUGGCGCUUUAAAUCAACGUGCAAUCCAAGCAGCUCGACGUUUAGAACUUGCUGUAGCCUGUUAUAAAGAAUUUCUCACUUGCCUAAAUCGUAUGCUUCAUGUAACUGGAGCAGAUAAGACUGUUCAACCAGGUGACGAUGAAACACAAGAUGGUUUUUCGCUUUUAUUUACAGCCAAUGUAUUUUAUGUUGCUGAAUAUCAAGAACUAUUCCCAAAUCUUUUGAAGGACUACAAUGAAAUAUUCAUGUCCAAAGACUAUUUGCGUGAUUUGGUUGAAGGUUCUCACUUAUUUAUAACUUUACUUUCCAACAAGAUCUGUGUUGCUCCAGUUUCAAUUGAGGAAGAUAAUUCAACGAUUGAUGGUGGGCGUGCUGCAGGAUUACGGCCUGAAUGCUUGAAUGUAUUAGGGGCUUUACAGCAAAUUCAUAUUACUGAACUAGAGGAAGAAGAAGAACAGCAGGUACUAAAUAAUUCUUCAUCGAAUAGUAGUGAUAGUGAUAACCUUUACAACGAAGAACUUGGCAUAAGUGAUGCAAAUGAUGAAGAACUAGUUACUACUGAAAAAGAAGUAGUUCUAGACUUUAGUACUUUUAUGCUCAAAUUUAUUCAUCCACGUGUUGUACAUGCUUACACUUUAGUUUUAGAGAAUUACGAUAAUAAUCCUGAAUCAGUCAAUCAUGCAAUUGUACAUACUAUUCAUCGAUUGGCUGUACGAGAAAGAUUACCUGGUUGCUUUUUUCAAUUACGCUUAUUUCGAGUAUUUCAAAAAUUUCUACACGAUUGUGCUUUAGCUACUUCGCCAGAAUUUAAAGAAUUAGCAAAUCUCAUUAAAUAUAUCUUAAGAAAAUUCUUUGAAGCUGAGGAGAAAAACAACUUUCAAGGAUAUGGUACUUUUGAGAGCAAUAAGAAAACUAUUCAUUGUACCAGUGAACAUGAUAAAGAAUUAACUCAACUAUUUGAAGCUUAUCGUCAUGAUCCUGUACCUUCUGGUAACGAUUUAGCUGAUCUAUUAGUCAAACAUUUUUCCGAUCCAAGUAAAACUCGUCGACAAGUUAUUGCUAGAUUGAUUAUAUUGGGCUUGAUUACAUCAGCGAAACAACUCAAAGAAAUUAUAGUUCGUCCCCCUGAACCUCUUAGCGGACGAAAUCGAUGUUUACUCAACAAUGGAGAAUCCAGUGAGUGGACUGAACAGGAGAUAGCUCGACUAAGAGACAUAGUCGAGUUACACAAAGGUUCAAAAAAUAUGCUAACUGAAAUCAUGAAUGAAAGAAAGGUAGACCAUGAUUUAGCUGUUCAACGUUGUUUGGAACAAGAAUUAAUUAUGGAUGAAAAUCAGUCAGACAAAUAUAUUCCACCUAUUCGUGCCAGACGUGUAGUAGCUGCUAAAAUUCUUGAACUUGAUCUAGUGGAUAAUGAGAAUCAACUUAAAACAGCUGUCUAUAAAAGGAAACGUACAAAAGUACAAAACGUGGAUAUGGAUGUUUCAAAAGAACUAAAGAAAAGCAAGAGUUGCAAGAAAAAAUUUUCAUCAACGUCAGAUGACGAACGAUCCAUGAAUUCAUCAUAUGAAGAAGAAGAAAAAGAAGCAAAUACUUCACACAACUCAGAUUCAAAACAUAACACAGAUGAAAAUACCAGUCCUGAAUAUAUUAAUCAGUUAGUUGAAUCAAAUAGACCAUCUGAUCAAGUGGAUCACAUUACCUAUGUGAAUCAUACUCAAGAUGAUUAUACCUGUGGAGCAGUUUCUCCAAACUCAGAAUCAGGGUCUCCGAAAAUGCCAGUUCAAAAGAGAAGGCGUCUAUUAUCCUCAGAUGAUGAGAAUGAAGAUGUUCUUGAUACUUAUCAUUCAGACUCGUAA